AUGUGUGACUAGAUAUGUCUUCUGGGAGGUAAAUACCGUGGCGAACUGGAUGGCAGCUUAUACAGCUGAGCACCUGGGAGAUUCCUAGUUGGGGGAUUUGGUCCUGGACCGCUCGGACAUUUUGGUUUCCGCAACGUCUCCAUCAAAACAAAAAAAACCCUCCGCGUCCACAAGAUCGCAAAGCAUCUGGAGCCUCCCCGAGCCCUGACCAGCCGAAAUCCCUUGUUCUGUCUUCUUCGGCAGCGGCGGAAGCAGCAGCAGCAGGCGGCCAACGCUGUUGUGGUGACGAUGGACGCUGCCCUCUUCUCCCCGGCUUCUCUCUUCUGCUCCCACGACAGCGAUGACGAUGACGAUGACGACGAAGACGACAAGGGGGUGCAGCAGCAGCAGCUCUACGUUGAAAGAACCCAUGCUUUUCCCGGAAUGGACUUGAUAAUUCGAGAAUUCUCAUUUCAUCAGCUAAAUGCAAAUUUACUUUGGCCUGGGACAUUUGCAUUUAGUGAAUGGUUAUUUUUAAAUCAAUCCCUUUUAUGUGGCAGACGUAUCUUGGAAUUGGGAAGUGGAACCGGAGCUUUGGCCAUUUUCUUGCAAAAAUCAUUUGGAGUUGACAUCACAACUUCAGAUUUUGAUGACAAGGAAAUAGAAGAAAAUAUAGCCCAUAACUGUAGAGCUAAUGAGCUGGUGGUGUUACCUCACAUCAGAUAUACAUGGGGAGAAAUGUUUCCAACUUCUGAACCAGACUGGGACUUGAUUAUUGCCAGUGAUAUUCUAUUAUAUGUGAAACAGUAUUCAAACCUGAUAAAGACCCUGAGCUUCCUCCUAGAAGCUUACAAACCAAAAGAUAAGAUAGCAGGUGUUGCUAAUUUUCAGGUUAAGCAAGCCGUUACUAUAUCGGGAAAAGAAGUGCGACUGCAGUGGCCACUAUUCUUGAUGAGUUGGCGACGUAGGAUAGGUAGAGAGGAGGAAGCACAUUUUUUCACUGGAUGUGAGGAUGCUGGUCUUGUGACACAGCAUCUCGGGUCUCGUGUGUACUGCAUCAGCCUUAAGAAGGAUAUUUAGAGGUUAGAAACAAGCAAAUAUAAGUCAGAUAUGUCAUGUUGUGCGGUGUACUUACAUUUCCGAGAUGCUAUGGUUGAUUAUGCCACCAGAGCUCUUGCAUGUCCCUCGUGCCUUCCUACACAAUAUUUUUGGUACGAUUAGCAGUAGUUACAAAAUUUUAGUUUAGCUUGCUGUGACCUAGAUGUUCUAAAAGCUAUGGUGGUGUUUCGUCAUUUCUUUGUUUGCUGACUGAAGAAGCUUUAAUUAUAGGCUCAUUGUUUCUUGGAGAAUUUAUGCCUCUCCAUAUAACGA